AUGGUCCUGGGACUGCAGCUUCGGCGGCAGGUGCUGGCUGGACUCCUGCUCUGUCUGUGCGCUGGGCGAUGGGCCGAGGCUGGGAAGGUGCUGGUGGUCCCCAUGGAGGGCAGCCACUGGCUCAGCAUGCGGGAGGCCGUGCGGGAGCUCCACGCCAGAGGUCACCAGGCAGUGGUCCUGAUUCCGGAGGUCAAUGUUCACAUCAAGGCAGAAGACUUUUUCAUCAAGAAAACCUACGCCAUUCCGUACACCCAAGACGAUUUUGAUUACUUCCUGAUGGGCAGUUUUGAUAUGUUUUUUGAAAGAAUACAUUUUCUAACACUGUUUUGGAAAACUAUGACAGCUACGAAAAAUCUGUCUUUGGCCUUUGAAAGGUCUUGUGAGGCACUGUUGUAUAACAAGGACCUGAUCAGAGACCUGAAUGCCAGUUCCUUUGAUGUGGUUUUAACGGACCCUAUUUACCCCUGCGGGGCAGUGCUGGCUAAGUACCUGUCCAUUCCUGCUGUGUUUUUCUUGCGUUUCCUUCCCUGUGACUUAGAUAUUGAGGGCACUGCAUGCCCAAACCCUUUCUCUUAUGUUCCUAAGUUGUUAACAAGGAAUUCAGACCAUAUGACAUUCUUCCAAAGGGUCAAGAACUUGCUCUACCCUCUGAGCCUGAAGUACCUUUGCCAUUUUUCUUUCAUUCCUUAUGCACGUAUGGCCUCUGAGCUUCUUCAGAGAGACGUGUCGCUGGGGGAGAUUCUUGGCUCUGCAUCCCUGUGGCUGUUUAGAGCAGAUUUUGUGAUGGAGUAUCCACGGCCGAUCAUGCCCAACAUGGUGUUCAUUGGGGGUUUCAACUGUGGUAACAGGAAACCAUUAUCUCAGGGUGGAUGGGGCACGGAGAUGUCGUCCUGCUGA